ACUUUAAAGCACAAAAUAUGAAAAUAAAGUUGAUCAGAUUAUCAAUCGAUUGUGACGUAAAAAUUCAGGUGCUAAAAAAACUUUUGUAUGAUUUCACCUCAAAGCACAAACAAGAUUAAAGAUUUAAUAUCAGCUGUUUAUAUCGGAGAGUUCUCUUUUUGUUGUUUGAUAUUUGACUUCAGAUCAGAGUCUGCAGUUCAGACUGAUCUGUUUCUAAUAUUUCAUAUUUCACAUCAGGAUCAAUCAGCGCUCUGUUUGCUGUGAGAGAAGACUGCACGUCUGCGUUCAGAUGAAUUAUUGAACUAAAGUCAAAUCAGAGUUUUCCUUCAUGUCUUAUUAAUCAUCACGGCCUCGUUUCCAACGACAAAAACUGACUGAAGACAUUUAACAUUUAGAAAACUUUCAGCAGCAGUUUGACAGGAGGAAAAUUAAAGAGUUUAUUUAGUUUCAUCAAACACCUGAAAAGCAGCAAAAUCAGAAAAACACACGACUGACACAAAGGUCAGGGUCAGUGUGUAGGUGGAACAGAAUCAAAACACACAAGGCGACACGUUCAGGAAGCACACACACACACACACACACACACACACACACACACACCCUCCUCCUCACCAACACUUUUUUCUGGGACGCCCACAAACUGUUUGAAGCACAAACUCAAGAGCUUCUUCAUCCUCCCCCUCCUCCUCCUCCUCCUGCUCCCCUGCAGGGUUGAAACAAUCUGUCGCGCAUGAAUAAAAAUUAAUUUUUCACCAUGAUGAAAAAGACACAGCAGCUCGCCUCCUUGCCGCCCGCGGGACAGCAGACAGAAGCUGUUCACUGUUAGAGCAACAGAACCGAGCCGAAGCAUGUUUCAUGGAAACGUUGACACACAGUGAGGACAGAGGAAACACACAGGAAGUGAACUCAGCUCGACUCACAGCUGCUUUUUCUCUCCUAAACAGACGUUUGACUGACAAACUUCAUGAAGCACAUUUGAGGAGUUUUUCUCGUCUGAGGGAAAAACUAAAGCAACAGAACUGAAAAACACUGAACAGCCCGAAGACGACGUCUUUGACUCAUCUUUGAGGAUCCACACAGAACAAACAGGAAUCUUCUCACAUAGAGGAUCUUUGUCAGCACGGAUUACAAUUUUCAUUUUCUUCAUCUGAAAUGUGAUUCAUAUUUUUUAACCUUUGGACACAGUAAUCCAAGCAAACAUCUUUUUGGACCUGGUUGUGGGUCAAAGGUCAGAGGCUGAUCAAUCGAGACUCACCUGAGGACGUCACACCUGGAGGUUAAAGGUCAGACAGACGAGCAGGAUUUUCGUGAGGGACCUGCAGAGACGAGAUAAGACGCCAUCAUGGGCUGCAACAUGUGUGUGGUCAAACGUCCGGAGGAGCAGUACAGGAUCAUGUUCCAGCAGAAAGGCUGGAGUAACUCCCUGCGGCCGAUGGACAGACAUGGAAACGUAAAGGUCAGGGGACGAAGGCCCUCGCAGCUCCCGCUAGACAGACCACAGAACUCCCAGGAGUCUUUGCACCAAGCUGGAUCUGUCCGCAAGAGUCACCGGAGGAAAGGUACGUUGGUGUGCAGCAGUAACGGGACCGGCAGCAGCUCUUUCUACUCCGUCGCCAUGGUGGCGAUCCCCGACUGUGUCGACAACGCCACGCAGACCGACAUCAGCUUCCAGAACAUCGUGACGCUCGGGAGGAGCAGAGGUCAUCACCACCAUCACGGCCGAGGAGGUGGCGGCGGCGGCGGCGGCUCUUCCUCCCCUCCACCACCUCCACCCUCCCCUCCCCUUCCUCACCUCGUGGGACCGUACGGGAUCAAUGAGUUCUGUGUGUUUGAGUACAACGACCCCGAUGACUACUUCGACGUCUCGAACCACGAGGUGGACAGGCAGGAUGACCUGGAGUACGAGGAGGUGGAGCUGUACAAAUCCAGUCAGCAGGAGAAGUUGGGUCUGACAGUCUGCUACAGGACGGACGACGAGGAGGAUCUGGGGAUUUACGUUGGAGAGGUCAAUCCAAACAGCAUAGCGGCAAAGAAUGGACGCAUCAGAGAGGGUGACCGAAUCCUGCAGAUCAACGGUGUGGACAUUCAGAACAGAGAGGAAGCGGUGGCCAUUUUGACCCGAGAAGACAGCAUCAACUUCUCUCUGCUGCUGGCGAGGCCUGAUAUCGAGAACGAAAACCCUGUUGAUCCAGAGGAGGACAUGGAGCUGACUCUGGAAGGAGGAGGCUUCCACCCAAACCCUCGAGCCUCCUCCUGCUCCCUCACUUCAUCUCACCUCUCUGGUUAUUAUCGACUCUGUCGUGGGGGAGGAGGCGGCGGCGGGGGUGGCGGUAGCGUGGCCUGCCCUGGAGUAGGAGCAGGAGGAGGUAGAGAAGGUGCAGGGGGUGAUUUGGACGUGGAGGAGGAAGAGGAUGAGGAUGUGGAGGAAGGAGAGAGAGGAGAGAAGGAGGACAGAGACCCACCCGUACCCCUCCCUCCUCUGCUGAGCCUGGCCCCUCUGCUGUCCAACAGCCAGGAGCUGGACAGCGGGGUGGGCCGGACCGACGACAGCACCCGCUACGAGGAGUCGUCCGAACACGACCUGCUGGGUGAUCAGACCAGCGCCUGUAACACCAACACCACCAACACACCGGGCAGCACCAGGAAGUUCAGACCAGGACCCAGUCCCAGGCCCAGCCCCAGACCCAGCCCCGGCCUCGGACCCAGUCCUGGGCAUGGCCGCGGGGACACCACCCCUCCUUUCCUCCACCUGCGAGAUCUUCAGCUCAGCUCGGACUCCCUCCCGGGCACGGACUGGGCAGCUGGAGGAGGAACAGGUGGAGCAGCGUACAGCCCCCACCACCAUCACCACCACAAGCACUACCACCUCCAUCAUCAUCAGCCCCCUCUGAUGAUGAUGAUGCCGGGCCUGACGGAGGAGGAGUGCCACCGAUACCAGGAGCUGCUGGAGAUCAAGUGCCAGUACGAGAGACGUAACGAAAAGCAGCAAAGAGAAAUGGCGAGGGCUGAACGUGGUGACGAAGACCGGGAGGAGAGGAAAGAGGCGGAGGAGAAGGAGGGAGAGGAGGAAGCUCCUUCUUCUUUGUUGGUGGACGCGAACUGCAACGCAACUUUGAGCGAGCACGAGAUGGCGCUGAUCGAGGAGGAGUUACGCCACCUGGAGUUCAAGUGCCGCAACAUCCUCCGAGCGCAAAAGAUGCAGCAGCUCAGAGAGAGAUGUCUGAAGGCCUGGAUGAUGGAGGAGGAGACGGUGGCAGCCGGAGCCGGACGACCAGGCCAUCCUGAAGCAGGUCUGGAUAACGAAAAUGACGAAGACGAUCGCCACGAGCUGUCGGCCAUCAACGAGCUCCCGGAGCGAGAACGGUCAGACGACAAAGACAGCACCAGCGCCUACAACACCGGGGGAGAGAGCUGCCGGAGCACGCCGUUGGUCAGCACCGAGCAGAUCCCGCCUCUCCAGGAAGAGGAAGAUGAAGGCGGGAGACGGCUGAUGUCUCCGCCUCCUCUUCUCCCCCUCAGUCGCCUCCCACCUCUGAACUCCCCCCUCACCCCGCGGCGCCACAGGCGGGACCGAGACAGAGAGAGACGUCACUCGAACCUCAGCUACUCGUUCUCCCCCAGCACUUACAGAAAGUACGAAACAGCCAAUGGCAACAUGGGAAACGGCUCAAGCUCCACCCCCUCGACGCCCUCCAAGUUCAGGUCUCUGACCAGAGAGGCGGGGUCAAGAAGGGGUGUGGCUGAUGGAGGGCGGGGCUCCAGAGCAGGCGGAGCCGCCAACAGGCCCGGAGGUGGAAGUGCAGAGUCCAGUCCUUACUUCACCAGAAGACACCACAGCCACAGCAAACCGUUAGAGCGCUACCAGAGCUGCAUGACGCUGCCCUCCGAAGGCCUCGUGGACCCACUGGACCGAGUGAGAGAGAAAGCGAGGGCCGAGGGCGAGGAGAGAGGUAUGGGAACGGGAAGCAGCGGCCCAGCCAGCCCCAGGAGCGUCAACAGCGCCCCAUGUGGUCUAGAGGACCACCACACUCGAGCAUCGCGGUUAGGACUGGCCUUACCGCUUGGGAUGACGCACUCGUCACCGACUGCCUCGCCGCAGCGCAUGGAGUGGAAGGUGAAGAUCCGGAGCGACGGCACUCGCUACGUGGCCAAACGACCGGUCAGGGAUCGCCUCCUGAAGGCCAGAGCCAUGAAGAUCAGAGAGGAACGCAGCGGCAUGACGACCGACGACGACGCUGCCAGUGAGAUGAAACAGGGUCGAUACUGGAGCAAAGAGGAGAGGAAGCAGCAGCUGCUGAGAGCCAGAGAAUACAGACGGAGAAGAGAGUUCAUGAUGCAGAGCCGCCUGGACUACCUCAGAGGAGACCGGGACAUUUCAUCAUCAACAGGGGGCGCCGACGACCCCCGUUCAUCUCAGACUGCCCAGCUUCACCACCGACAGGACUCCCCCAGCAACAACAUCCUGCUGCUGAGCCAGAAGAAGAUCACGAAGAAGAGGAAUCGACGCAUCCUCGACAACUGGAUCACCAUCCAGGAGCUGCUGGCUCACGGCUCAAGGUCGCCAGACGGAAAGAAAAUCUACAACCCUCUGCUUUCUGUGACCACGGUGUGAUCUGAGGACAGAGGGGAGGAGGAAGAGGAGAGAGGAAGGAAAAGAAACUGACAAUAACUAAAACAUCAACGUUUCAGAUUUCUUUGAGCUGGAAGGAAGACAGAAACCCGUUGAAAACAGAGAGGGAGGAGGGUUUGGGUGAAAUAGAAGAGAUCUAAAACUUGCUAGGGAGUCAGAGCAGAGAGAGGAGGAUAAAAAGAAGUCCUGCAGGCUGAAUCCUGUAACAAAUGACUUUAGAGAUUGGAUGUUCAUGUUUUUCUUUUUUUGCAGCCAAAGAAGUGCCAUUUUUAAACUCUUGUGCCGGUUCUGGACUGGACCCUGAUCAGGAAAAUGAUUUCUCACAACCAAAAUUCUGUGACGUAACAAAAACACCUCUCGCCUUCAUGGCAUCCCUUCAAACUAAGAAGGGAACAGCUUUGAAAAGGAACGAGACGGAGAACUAACAAACAGUUCAUGUUCCUUCUCAAAGCCGUUCCCUCUCUGGACCUCAUGAACCUGAUCUGAACUUCAGUCUCCAGGGAGGUGAAAAAGGAAGAGACUGGAAGGAAGUGGAAGGAACAGGAGGUUCAGCAAACACAUGGUCAGCUGUAACGUUUGUUAGUUGUUAGCAGUUGUUUGGGGCUGCCUUCUAGAAAGUUAAAAUUCCACUUUGACUGCAGUGUAACCAAAACUGCAGUUCCUCUAACGUCCACCUGAGGCUGGCUCCAGAAGUGAGUCAGUCUCCAUAAGUCCCCAUGUCCAAAUGUCCA